AUGAAUACUAGCAUUUUUUUAAUUGCAAGAAUUUAUAUUAUUUUAUCAUUUAUAUAUAGAAUGUUCAAAAUUUUAUUGAAAUUUUUUGCAAUUUUUUACUUCAUUCUAUCUUUUUUUCAUGUGACUGAGUCACGAUCAUUUUAUGAUGAUGAUUCAUCAUCUUUUUAUCUUCUUAAUAGAAAAUUUCUACUUAAUGGUUUUAAAUCUUAUCACGAUAUGACUGACAUUGGUAACAAUUACGGUGGAUUUGAUUUAGAUUUAACUAAGAAAAGACAUAUUAUUAGAAGAGCACAACCUUUUGUCUCAGAAUACAAUCCAGCACCUUGCCGUUGGAAAUUAUGUGCUAACUAUUAUUAA